AUGUUCCCCGCUGUUAUUCUGGGUGUUACAGUCUCGCCCAUUGCACCAGCUGGGUCCACAGAAGCUUUGGAGUUCAUGAAACGGGACCUGGCUGAGUUCACUCAAGUCGUGCAGCAUGACACAGCCUGCACGAUCGCCGCUACGGCCAGCGUGGUCAAGGACAAGCUGGCAAGGGCGGAAGGUUCCUCUGGUGCGACUGAAAAGGUGAGGAAAGGGCUCUCUGACUUCCUGGGUGUCAUCUCGGACACAUUUGCUCCCUCGCCGGAUAAGACCAUUGACUGUGAUGUCAUAACGCUGAUGGCAACACCUACAGGUACCACGGAGCCCUAUGACAGCGCCAAGGCUCGCCUCUACAGCCUCCAGUCAGACCCGGCCACCUACUGCAACGAACCCGAUGGCCCCGCUGAGCUCCUCGAGGCCUGGCUCUCUCAGUUUAACCUAGAGGAGAAGAAAGGGGAGAUAGCAGAGCUGCUGGCAACCAGCCCUUCCAUCCGGGCUCUCUACACGAAAAUGGUCCCAGUGGCUGUUUCCCAUUUGGAAUUCUGGCAGCGCUACUUCUAUAAAGUGCAUCGCCUGGAGCAGGAUGAAGCCCGGCGGGAGGCCCUGAAGCAGCGAGCGGAGCAGAGCAUUCACCAAGAGGAGCCAGGCUGGGAAGAGGAUGAAGAGGAGUUCUUGGGGAUGUCACCCCUGCCUUGUGCAAACGUGAAAUUUCCAGAAGCAGCAGAGAAAGAAUCUGCCACCGCAGCCCUGGAGGGAAGCCACCCUGCUGCUCACAAGGGACCCUCAGAGGGAAGCUGGGCCGUCCUCCCUCCGGAGCCGGCCCCAGCGGAGGGGAGCCCCUCUGAGAGCAGUGAGAGCAUCUCCCUUGUGACUCAGAUUGCAAACCCUGCCUCUGUGCCUGCUGCGCAGCUACAGACUGGAGCACAGCCAGCUGGGACCGGAGACCUCUCUCAGCGGCUGCUGGAGGCCACCUCGGACGAGCAGAGCUCCCUGCCAAAGCCCCCAGAACCCGGUCAGCCUUCUGCACCUGCCCGGGUGUCCGCAGUCUCCUCAGAGCAACCGGCUGCUACAGAGCCCCGAGAGGUGGGGAGCAAAGCCCAGGGCAGGACAGAGACUCUGAAAGAGGAAGGACCGACAGACCUACGAGUCUUUGAGCUGAACUCCGAUAGCGGGAAAUCCACUCCUUCCAACAACGGCAAGAAAGGCUCCAGCACGGAUAUCAGCGAGGACUGGGAAAAAGACUUUGAUUUGGACAUGACUGAAGAGGAGGUGCAGCUGGCGCUCUCGAAGGUGGCGGUGUCUGGGGAGGUCCCAGAGACUGGCCGAGCCAAGGCUGACUGCCCGGAAGUGUCACGCAGAGGCAGCUGUGGCGCAGCGAGGGGUCCCCAGGGGCGGAGGCUCUCGGGUGAAGCUGUGCCUGCUCCCUCGCUGUUCUCCUCCUCCCCGGAGAAGCCCCGUGUGGGGAGUGGCCGGCGGCUGGAGGUGCCGUGGUAG